UGAGGUUAAGUUUAAGAAAACGAAAAAAAAACAAACAAAGCCUCCUCCAGGAGCAUUUAAGUUGCAGUACUUUUAAUUUUUUCUGCUAAUAUUUCAUUUUCUUGCUCGCUAAAAAUCAUAACUGACCCAAUUUCAUCUUCUCAGAGUGUACUUUUUACUAGUGUUUCUUUUGAUCAAGUGUUUGCUCUGUACUCUCCGAAACCUAGCUGCCAUGGAAGAAACGAAUGAGCUACCCCGAAUGAGCUAUGAAUAUAAGCAUUUUGAAAUGCCGGUUGAGUCUGUUUUGCAAGGAGUGAAAGAGUUGGUGCUUGAUUCGCUGUAUGUCUGUAUAUCUGCGUGGCAAGGAUCAAUUUCAAAGAGGAGCAGCAAUAAAUUGGAAGAAAUCAGAGAAGUUCUCUCAAAAUUGUUAGAUGAAUACGUCCUGGAGUCCAAGAAACCUUUGGAACUGGCUGAGCCUAAAAUAAGAAGUUGCUUCGCAAUUCCUGAUCAUGUUUUAUUGCCAAAAGAUGAAUAUCAAAGGCACCAAUAUACUGAGGAUGAAGAGGCAGCCUUAGAUAGAAAACUGAAGAAUUUGAAAUUACGUUACAAACAAGCUAUCUACAUGGAAACACUAUUGAAAGAAGAGAAGAAAGUGUGGGAGGAAGUAGAUAUUGUGGAGUUUCAAGCUUCAAAACUAAAAAAAUUACAAACGGGUAACCCAGAUUCUUUUCAAAUUAUCGAUAGUCUGGCUCGUGAAGUACAGAGUUUGAAUAAUUCAUUAUGCAACCAGAAUACGACUUCCAGUAAUCAAAUCGUCGACAGUCAGGUGCUGAAAGAACUCAGUUCACAUGAGCUAUCAGCAUCUGCUAGUUAGAGGCUGUAAUGUUCGUGAAUAAUUCUUAUCAAUUUUACUUAUUUACCCAAUUGUCAAUUUUGUUUCUAAUUAAUCUACUUCCUAUCAUUAUUUUGAAUAAACAUUGAUGUAUUAUGGAAUGGGUCAUUUUAAAAGUGCCGUACUGAUUCUACAGCACUUUU